GGCCUUCUGCAGUGGUCCUAAGGCCAUGAAUGUGGGAAGAAUCGUGUUUGGCUGAUAAGAAGCUGGUCUUCGGAGAUUAGAUGCUGACUCUUUUAUCUUCCAAGUAUCCUCUUCAAAUGCUUCUCGCUCCACUUUCUCUUCGCGGGUCCUUCCCAUAUUCCUUGUUCUAUCACUUCCCGCGUGCAUUCAAACGCCAAAGCACUGUGAAACCCGCUACAACGUUUCAUAAGGUAAUCCCACUUUGCAAUUCUUUUAUGCAAAACCAUGUUUUGCUCGGAAUAAAUUUAGCUGGUUUUAGUAACACCGCCGUAUCCCAUGCGUUCGACGAAUUUCCAGUCCAAGAAAAUGAAGAAAAUUCAAAGGUAUUUGAUUUCCUCCAUAUCAUGGAAGAGCGUGGGAUUCGUGCGAAUUUUCAGACCUAUCUAUGGCUUUUAGAAGGGUGUUUGAAUUCUGGGUCUUUAGGAUGUGGGCAGAAGCUGCACGGAAAGAUUUUGAAGUUGGGUUUUGAUUCGGAACAUGUUUUGUGUGACCGAACUAUCGAUAUCUAUAUUGCGGGCGGUGAUUUAGAUGGCGCGAUUAAGGUUUUUGAUGAUAUGCAUGAUAGAAGUUUAUCUUCCUGGAAUAAAAUAAUUAAUGGGCUUGUGGGGGACAAGUGGACGGGUCGGGUAUUAGGUCUCUUUUGCCGAAUGAUAGCUGAGAAUGUGAAUCCAAAUGAAACAACAUUUGCUGGAGUUUUAAAGGCGUGCCGUGGUGGUAAUGUUGCUUUCCAGUAUGUGCAGCAGAUUCAUGCUAGGAUUAUUUAUCAUGGUUUCGGUGCUAGUACACUUGUAUGUAACUCGCUGAUUGAUUUGUAUUCGAAAAAUGGCUUCAUAGAUUGUGCUAAAAAGAUGUUUGAUAGAUUAUAUUUGAAGGAUAGUGUUUCUUGGGUGGCGAUGAUGACAGGUUUUUCUCAGAAUGGACAUGAAGUAGAAUCUAUUCUCCUAUUUUGCCAGAUGCAUACAUCAGGAAUUGCUCCUACUCCUUAUAUGUUUUCAAACGUUCUAAGUGCCUGCACCAAGAUAGAGUUGUUUGAUGUAGGAGAGCAGCUUCAUGGCCUUGUUUUUAAGGGGGGGUUUUCUUCUGAGAUGUACGUGUGCAAUGCUCUUGUGACAUUGUAUUCCCGCUCAGGAAACUUGAUAUCUGCUGAACACAUUUUCAGCACAAUGCGAUACAGGGACAGGGUUUCAUAUAAUACCCUCAUCUCAGGGCUAGCUCAGUGUGGAUUUUGUGAUAGAGCUCUAGAAUUGUUUAAGAAAAUGCAGUUUGAUUGCUUGAAACCAGAUUGUGUUACAGUUGCAAGUUUGUUGAGUGCCAGUGCAUCUGUUAGAGCUCUCCAUACAGGGAGGCAACUCCACUCAUAUGCAAUAAAAUCUGGAAUGUCUUCAGAUAUUAUUCUUGAAGGUGCUCUGCUGGAUCUUUAUGUGAAAUGCUCAGAUAUAGAUACUGCCCAUGAAUUUUUCCUUACGACAGAGAGUGAAAAUGUGGUCCUAUGGAAUGUUAUGUUAGUUGCUUAUGGGCAGUUAGGUAAUCUGAGUGAUUCGUUUGAGAUAUUUAGACAGAUGCAGAUUGAAGGCAUGAUACCCAAUCAAUUCACUUAUCCAAGUAUACUGAGAACCUGUACCUUUUCUGGAGCUCUUGAUCUAGGAGAGCAGAUUCAUGCUCAAGUCAUGAAGACUAGCUUUCAGCUCAAUGUGUACGUCUCCUGUGUGCUCAUAGAUAUGUAUGCUAAGCUUGGAAAACAUGAUACUGCCCUGCAAAUUCUCAGAAGAUUAACUGAGGAAGAUGUUGUCUCUUGGACUGCUAUGAUUGCAGGCUAUGCACAACAUCAUAUGUUUGCCGAAGCUCUUAAACUUUUUGAAGAAAUGCAGAAUCGAGGGAUCCGAUCUGAUAAUAUAGGAUUUCCAAGUGCAAUUAGUGCAUGCGUUGAUGUUGAAGAUCCUUCUCAAUGUUUCGUGGAUUGGAAUUCUCCACCAACUUAUGAUACAUAUGUCGACGAUGAAGAUCUUAUUGAGGUGGAGGAAAAUUUUAUUUUCAAUGAGGAAGAAAUAGUUGAUCCUUUUUGGGAGAUUUAUAUGCCGCACGAAUGGGAGAAGAUAAAUGAAUACCGUGUGAAGAUUGAAUUAUCUCAAUAUGAUAUGAAGAAUUUUCAAACUACCAUUCGCAGUCAUGUUGUGAUGGGUUGUAAAUUGUUUCUCUUCCGGUAUCAAGUUGCAUUGAUGUUAAGAAGUACAGGAUGGAAGGGAUUAAUUGGACAUCCAAAAGAUAGAGGAAAAGAUGAUUUGAACUCGAGGGGCCCCUUGAGGGAUUAUUUGAAGGAGAUUGAGAGACUCGCCAAUUGGGUGGUUGGAUGGCCGCACAAGGCCUUGAUCGGCACCUUUUUAGGAGGUUUAAGGGCGGACAUCUCCACAGAUGUGAGGAAGUUCAAACCUCGGACAUUGCGAGAGGCCAUGGAAUUUGCGCGCAUGAGGGAGGAUGAGCUGCAAUGCACAAAAACGACUCCACCGCCAACCGAUCCACUAAAAUCCACUUUGCAACCCAAUGGUUCCCCAACCCAAGUGAAGAAGCUCUCAUGGGAGGAAAUGCAACGAAGGCGAGAAAAAGGGCUAUGUUUCAACUGCAAUGAAUGA